AUGAGUGACGAGGGAAACAAUACCGUACUAGUAAAGGAGAACUGGGAAGAGGAAACUGAUCAAGAAACGAUCUUGGCGCAGAAAAUGUCAAAAGUGACCUUGAAUGUGCAUGCGAAAGAGUUCAAGCCCAAUGUACAUGCGAAGGAAUUUGUACCGAGUUGGUUACAGAAUGCAGAACCCAAGAAGCAGUCAGAAAGCAUAAAAUCAGGAUCAGCGUCGCCCAAUCGUGCCUCUACACCCACGCAGCCAAAGAAAGAUGAUAGAAAAGAAGAGAAGGUGGAAACUGUCGCAGCUGGGGAAACCGUAAGGGCUAAUGAAGAAGAAGAGGUUGAUGCUCAAAUUAUACAAGACAUGUUCGGCAAGGAACACCUCAACAUAGUGUUUAUCGGACAUGUAGACGCUGGAAAGUCAACUAUGGGUGGGAAUUUAUUGUAUAUUACUGGCAUGGUUGACCAGAGAACGAUGGAAAAAUACGAAAAAGAAGCAAAGGAACAGGGUCGUGAAUCAUGGUACUUAUCAUGGGCCCUUGAUACCAAUAAAGAAGAACGUGCAAAGGGAAAAACUGUAGAAUGUGGUCGUGCUUAUUUCGAAACGGACAAACGAAGAUAUACCAUUCUUGAUGCACCUGGACAUAAAAACUUUGUCCCUAAUAUGAUCAGUGGAGCAUCACAGGCGGAUGUGGGCGUAUUGGUUAUCUCUGCUCGUAGGGGCGAAUUUGAAACUGGCUUUGAAAGAGGCGGUCAAACGCGCGAGCACGCCAUUUUAGUAAGGACAUCUGGCGUCAACAAGCUAAUUGUAGUUAUAAACAAGAUGGACGACCCAACUGUUAAUUGGUCUAAAGAGAGAUACGACGAAUGUGUCUCUAAACUUUCGCCCUUUUUGAGGGGGACCGGCUAUAAUCUUGCAACAGACAUUACAUUUAUGCCUGUAUCUGGCUUCACUGGUGCCAAUCUCAAAGAACGCUUGAGUGCAGACGUGUGCCCUUGGUAUAGUGGACCUUCACUGUUGGAGCAUUUAGACAAUAUGCAGGCACUAGACAGAAAGAUCGAUGCACCACUUAUGAUACCGAUUACGGAAAAAUAUAAAGAUAUGGGAACUGUCGUUGUCGGGAAAAUUGAAUCUGGAAGAGUGAAAAAGGGUCAGACAGUCUUAAUAAUGCCUAACAAGCGUGCGGUCGAAGUUGUGUCUGUUUAUAAUGAAAUUGAAGACGAAAUACCGCUUGGCAUUUGUGGAGAUAACGUUCGAUUGCGCGUACGAGGCAUUGAGGAAGAGGAUAUUUCGACGGGAUUUGUAGUAUGUGAUAAGAACAACCCUGUCCACGUGACAACUACAUUUGAAACCCAGUUAGCAAUUCUUGAACAUAAGAAUAUUAUCUGCGCAGGGUACGGUGCCGUCUUGCACGUGCAUGCAUUGGUAGAAGAAGUCUCUGUUGCUGCGUUGUUGCAUCUAAUCGAUAAGAAGACUGGACGAAAAUCCAAGCGUGCACCUCAAUUUAUUAAAAAGGGACAAAAAGUAAUUGCACGUCUUGAAACAUCAGGGCCAAUUUGUAUAGAAGCGUUUGAUGACUACCCUCAGUUGGGACGGUUUACUUUGCGUGAUGAAGGUAAAACAAUUGCUAUUGGCAAAGUUACUAAAGUCAUUGAAUAA